UCGGCUAUGCCGCCUCUUCGCCCCCCACUACUCCUGACCCUGCUACAGCUUGUAGUACGUACGUACGUAAGUGACGGGAAGUACUACGGACACAAUCAACACCCUCAAGUGUACCAGCAGCAGAUGCAAAUGCAGCACCUCCAGCACAUGGGCAUGGGAAAUGAAGGCUACCCCCAGCAACAGUACGUCGGCAAAGAUGUGCCCUAUAUGCACUACUCCCAAUAUCGAAAGGAAGUCCCGCAGAUGCCCGCGAUGAAGGGCAAAGAAAAGGCUCGCAAAGGAGGUGGCUAUAAUGGAGGACAAGACAAAGGUCAGACAAUCCCAAGCGGUGCAGAGGGAAUUCCCCAAGGAGAACCUGGACCAGUUGGGCCACCGGGGCCUGAAGGACCUAUCGGUCCUCCUGGACCUCCAGGCAAUGGCCAACCAGGGCCGGCAGGGCUACCUGGACCUCCCGGUCAACCGGGGGUACCUGGGAUGGGGAAACAGGGGAUGCCAGGACCACCGGGCAGACCAGGAGGAAUUGGACAGCUCGGGCCACAAGGAGAAAUGGGCCCUCGGGGUGAACAAGGGCAGCCCGGACAACCAGGACGUCUGGGUCCACCGGGACCACCCGGGCUACCUGGAAUAGGUAAACCAGGUGUCCAAGGACUGCCAGGUCAACCAGGGAUGAAAGGGGAGCCAGGUCACAAAGGACUGCCAGGACUUCCUGGAUUACAAGGACCCAAAGGUGAUAAAGGACUCGGACAGCCAGGGAUACCAGGUCACAAAGGUCUUCCAGGACCCCAAGGCCCUGCUGGACCAAGAGGAUUGCCUGGUUUUGGAAAACCGGGUUUGAAUGGGAUGCCAGGCCCACAAGGACCUCCCGGAGAGAAAGGACAUCCUGGUCUAAAAGGACUAAGUGGGCCGCCGGGUGAAACAGGACUACCGGGCCCGCCGGGUCUUCCCGGGCAAGGAAAAGCAGGUCAAAAUGGUCUACCAGGGCAGCCAGGCAUGCAAGGUGGUAAAGGUCAUCCAGGGCCACCUGGUUUGCCAGGGAAGCCAGGACUCCCUGGUUUCGGUAAACCAGGCCUCCAAGGACCAAAGGGCGAUAAAGGUAUGAACGGGCCACCAGGCCCCAUUGGACCAAAUGGAGAUAAAGGCCACGCAGGAUUACCUGGUAUGACUGGACCUGCUGGACCAAAUGGUGAACCAGGCCCUCCAGGACCCAUGGGACCAUCAGGAGGUGUAGGCUUACCAGGUCCAAAAGGAGAAUGUGGAGAAGGAGGACCAAAAGGAGUUGAUGGAAUUCGGGGCGACUCCGGUACGCCUGGAUUACCUGGUACUGAUGGUUUGCCUGGAGAACGCGGAAGUCCAGGGCCAAAAGGUCCACAAGGACCAAGCGGUGCCAAAGGAGAGAAUGGACAUAAAGGCCUUCCUGGUCCACCAGGUCCAGCAGGACUUCCUGGGCCAAAAGGACAAGGUGGCUUUCCUGGUGAAAUGGGACCUCAAGGUCCUAAAGGAAUCCCCGGUAUUGACGGUUUAGCAGGCCCAAUCGGACCACCUGGACUUCAAGGGCCAAAAGGCGAUUUCGGGCCUCCUGGUCCGCCAGGCAUUGCAGGUGAAGGUAUUCCAGGUCAUCCCGGUCCUAUCGGACCUCGGGGGAAAGACGGCCCAUUAGGACCCCAAGGCAAGAGCGGAGCCCCUGGCCCUCCCGGACCCCCUGGCCCACCGGGAGAACCUGGUCUGUCUCCGGACUUGUCUGGGGUGCUCUCUCAUAUGGGUCCUGGACUGGAUGGUGAGAAGGCUGGUGGCUAUGGUAAAAAGGGCAAAUAUGGAGGAAAUGGAGAAGAGGUUAUGGGAGUCAGCGGGCUGGAAAUGCCGGCAUUCACAGCUAUAGGGUCAACUCCAUUCCCACCCGUGGGAACGCCGGUGGUCUUUGAGAAGCCUUUGUACAACGGUCGGCAGAACUACAACCCCGAAACUGGAAUUUUCACCUGCGAAGUCCCUGGCAUAUAUUACUUUGCCUACCACAUCCAUUGCAAAGGAACCAACGUGUGGGUGGCCCUGAUGAAGAACAACGAGCCGGCGGUGUACACGUACGACGAAUAUAAGAAGGGGUACUUAGAUCAAGCAUCGGGAAGUGCCGUCCUACCUUUACAACCGGGGGACACGGUGUACAUUCAGCUGCCCUCAGACCAGGCAGCAGGACUUUAUGCCGGGGAGUACGUGCACUCGUCUUUCUCGGGAUUUCUACUCUAUCCUUUGUAA